UGAAAUGGAGGAUGAGGAAACCGACGACGAUUUUUGGGACUACAAGUCACUAAAGAGAACACGUAAACCUGAUUCAAAUGCAGCAUCGUCGCAGAAACGACAAAAAGUGUCACAAAUCACUAACGCACGAUCACGGAGUCAAGUUAAAAAAAGAAGCGCAAGUCAGCAGUCCCAAGUACAAAGUACAAGGAAAACCAGUCGAAGGGCUUGUAAAACACCGACUACUAAACCACUAAAAUAUACAUCGGAUGUAAAGUCGAUUGAAAAUUCUGGAAAAUUACAUAAUUCUAAAAAGUUCGAAUCGUCUGAGUCAACAGAUAACGACACUAAACUAAACACACCAAAACAAUAUGGUGGGCGCUGCCCAAAUUGCCAAAUGCCAUUCAGAUUAUUGCUUAUAAAGUCGCCAAAUUGGCAUACUGCAGAAUGUAUGGAUAAGUCACCAAAUAUCACCAUAUCAGAAUGCCAAGAUGGGCUAAAGUGCACUUCUACAAUUCCCAAACCUGUCAGCAAAUCACAGAGACAGCUUUUCUGUGAGAAUGAAUCUUCAAAACAUAACGAGAAAGAAGACGAACUCUCCGAUGAAGAUAUAUUCUCUUCACUUGUAAAUUGGCCAAAGAGUGUAGCAGAGUGCAUUGAACCAGAGAGAACACCCAAAAACCAGUCAUUGAAUUUCAGAACUGAGAUACCAUUCAGAAAAAAAGUUCUCAUGUCACAAACUUCAGACAUUGACAAUAACACACAAAACCACAUUGUAGAAAAGUUGGAAAUAGAGAAGUGUGUAGAACUGUCAAAAACUAAAUCUACUUUAGAUGAAAUUGUUAUUGAUGACACAGAGUCAGUGUGUUCUGAAUUUGAACCUGAUAUGCAAGAUCUCCAAGAGAGUGAAGGGACCGGUAACAGUAACUCACCUGAGGACCAUCACAAUGUUGCUGUUGAAAUAUCACCAUCAAAUAGUAGUAUUCAUUCAAGUCAAUCUAAAAAGGAGUUAAAAUGCCAAAAAAGUAUAACUUCUUUCUUCCAAUCUGUCAGUGGUGAUACCAUAAAGCGAAAACCAACAGCUACUAAUUCCACUACAAUUAAUGCUUUCACAAAACUUUUUAGAAGCAAGGGUAAAAGUACAAUACAAAACAAUAGUUGGAAAGGAAAAGCGAAGGCAGACACAGACAACAUUUCUAUGCAAGGACCAAGAAGGAAUUGUCCCUUUUACAAGAAGAUUCCAGGCACUCCAUUCACAGUUGAUGCAUUCCGGUAUGGUAGUAUACCUGACUGUAAGGUGUAUUUCCUUACGCACUUUCAUUAUGAUCAUUACGGUGGAUUAACAAGACAGUUCAAACACCCAAUAUACUGUAGUAAG